AUGGCUUCUACCGCACAAGAUGCACAGCUCAGUACUCUGGCGCUGAACAGAUUAGACAAGUUUCUGAAUUCGGUGGAUACCAAGCUGGAACGACUUGAAGCACUGCUUCCGGGCCAUUCGAGCCACCACGCAUCUGCAAUCGUGAAAUCAGCCCAUGGUGCGUCUUCGUCCCGUCCACAGCGCUUGCACCGUCUAAAAAGCCGCGGCAAACAAAUGGUAAAAUGGAGCAAGUCACAAGUCGCGGUAGUGCCCAACUACGCAAUGCGUAAGAUGUCUCAGUCGUCCACGUCCAGUGCCUCCAUAAAUGCCACAAACCCUCCAGUUGGACUCAUUGGUGCUUCGUCACCGCUCGACGAGGAACCCGGCACCAUACUUCAACUCUACAAGUUUUUGAAGAGCACAGUCGAGGAGUUCGGCUCUGGGUCGGGCGCGGCAAAUGGUGUUCAAGCAUCUGCUGCUGCCACUACUGCCACUACCACCGCCACUACUGCCACGACGUCCACAGUGGCCGAAAGAAGGGAAGAUACCUCGUUUGGCUCGGAUUCUGAUAUCAUCACCAUGGUGGACUCAUCCACAGUACACCAUGCUUCUAGUGUCAAACGCUUCAAAGAGAUCUGGGAUAACUAUUUCCCAAGCUCCACAAGCGCUUGCAGCACGACCGGCGCUGUCUUUAACUCGUCGGCUGCCACGCUGGUGUCCUCGUCCUCCAGUGAAAGUAUACCGCUAAGAUCAACCGUCACUUCGCCUGCGAUAAGCUCUGCAUCCGACCUGGAAGGCAACGAAGGCAAUAUCAGCUGGUCUAUAUCGUCAUCGCCAUCGACAGAGGAGCUUUUACAACACUUGGAGCUGUUGGAUCAGAAAAUCGACGGUCUCAUUGACGACCCAAAAUCGGUAGCAACGUCCAUCAAGUUUCACAACUAUGCACACGCUCUUGACUGCGGUAUGAAGCGCCAUCUGCAUUACUAUGAGCUUCCUUUCCCCUGGAGGGAGAAUAGGUUCAUUGUUCACGGAUACCGAUUUUACGAUUCGUAUUUCAAGUCUUUGUUGUCCAUCUUCAACUGGUAUGGUUGGCACAACGAAAGUGUCAACAUCUGGACACAUCUUUGCGGUGCCAUCUACUUUGCGUUCAUUCUUUUUAAAGAAUUUCCCAAAACUUCGGUCUACCAAUCGGACCUCGUCCCCACAGCCGCUAAAUGGGCAGCAUUCGUGUUCCUCUUUGCUGGCUUGGAGUGCUUUGUCUUUUCCGUCAUAUGGCAUACUUUCAAUGGUAUUUGCCACUUAAACUCAAGGUCCAGAUGUGCUUGCGUCGAUUACACGGGCAUAACCGUGCUUGUGACAGCAUCCAUCUUGACUACCGAGUUUGUUACGCUUUCUGGAAACUCCGGAUCGCCUUAUACCUGGUCCUUAUUGUUCUACGCAACUGUGACCACCACGCUUGGUGUGUUUGGCUUUUAUAUGAAUUGGUCACCUAGAUUCGACAGACCUGAAUCCCGGCCCUUGCGGAUUGCCUUUUAUCUCUUGCUAGCAAGCUUUGGGAUCAUAUCGCAUGUGCAUUCCCACUUUUUCAGCCAAGGCUUCAGCCCUGCAGCGUUGAUCAAGCCUGUACUUAGCAAGUCUCUAUGCUGGUACCUGAUUGGCGUGGUAUUUUAUGGGACCUUUGUCCCCGAACGUUGGAGAUCUGACGUUCAGGUUCCCGACAAUAUCCCGUCUGAAGAACAGCUAUCGGCGGACCUUAACAUCAUAACGAAAGAUAGACACAUUCACUUUCCUUCUAAACCGCAUGACCACCACAAAUGCAAGUCGUCGGCCCAUCACAAGCACUCUUUCCUAUCACUUUGGUGGGUUGACUAUUUCUGCUGCUCGCAUACACUGUGGCAUAUAUUUGUGCUGCUAGGAGUUUUCGGGCACUACAAAGCGAUGCUCGAAAUGUUCGAAACAAGGUGGUUGACGGGCUAA